AUGUCCGCAGCAGACCCCUUGGUCGAGUCGGAUCCAGCGGACAAGUCCCGGCAAAAGAGCUGCAACGCCUGCGUACGGAGCAAGCGUCGCUGCGACAAGCGGACCCCGCGCUGCACCCGCUGCGCAGAGAAGAACUUCUCUUGCGUGUACCAGAACCUGCCCCCAUCCGGUGGUGGUGGUGGCGGUCCAUCGUCGUCGGCCGGCGAGGAUCCGCUACAGGCCAUGGACCUCGAAGACAAUACCACAGCCCACCACCUCCCCCCGGCACCGCAUCCCUUCGACUUCAACACUCUCGACAGCAGCCCUUCGGGAUCAACGCCGGGGACGUACAUCAACGGGACUCUGGUCUUGAACGAGCCUGAGACCAACGGUUCGGCAACCGCAACAACGACGACGGCGGCUUCGUCUUUGGGGCUGAACCUGGAUCCGAACAUGGGAUUCGAUUUCAACUCCGUCAUGGACUUUCUCAAUGCGGACCCGGUACAGGGGGGAGAGAUGCAGCUGUGGGAGACGCCGCAGGUCCCUACGGCGCCCAAGACGUUGGCGCCUGAUUUGCCGUAUAUGGGAUCCGUAUGUUGCGGGAUGGAGAGGGAUGACAUUUUGCCCCCCGUCCCUGACAAACAGCAAACUCAGUGCAUGUCGCAGGGAGACUUCCAACCAUGGCAGAUCCACGAGCCCGACUCGCGCAUCGGCUACAUGGUGAACUACAUCAAGGACCUGCACCUCACCUUCGCCCGGACCAAGCAGACCCCCUUCAUCCACCGCCACCUCUACCGCGGCGUCCACUCCACCCCGCGGCCCCUCCUCGCCGCCUACACCGCCAUCUCCGCCUACGCCGGCCGCACCGACUCGAACCGCGGCUGGGCCAUCCGCGCCAUCUGCGAGGGCGCCGCCGAGGUCCUCAAGACGGCCAAGGACGCCGCCGCCAGCGCCGCCAUGACGGGCCACGAGAAGCUCGCGCGCGCGCAGGCGCUGUGGCUGCUGCAGACGAUUCGGUGUUUCGACGGGGACGUGGCGCUGAGGGCGCAGGCGGAGAGGGACAUGGGCGUGUUGAAGAGGUGGUUGACGGAGUUGGAGGGGCUGAGGGAUAACCUCGACGACGUGCAUUUGUUGGAUGACUUGGCGCUGAGGCAGAGGCCGCCGAGGUCGUGGGAGGUUUGGGUGUUUAAUGAGUGUGUCAGGAGGACGGUCUUGAUGGGGCAUAUUUUUACGAGUUUGUUUGAGAUUUUGAAGGCGGCUGGUGAAACUGAACCAAGUGUUGCGAACUGGAUGGCGCCACACCGCUGGACAUUCUCCAAGGGACUCUGGGAUUCCCAGUCGUCUCCUGCGUUCUUCUCGGCGUGGAGGGAGAAGCCAUUGUUCAUGAUCAAUAGCUUCUUCGUGCAGGAGGUUGCGAAGGUUGCGAGGCCGGUUGACGUUGAUGAGUUUGCGAGGUUAUUCCUUACCAUUAACUUCGGUGUCGAGGAGACGAAGCAUUUCAUGCUUGAGGCUUCUUGA